AAAAUCGAUUGAAAAAGUAAAAAAAAACUAGCUGGACUAACCAAAAUCCAAGCAAGAAAAAAUAAUCUUAACCAGCAAAAAGGAUGACUAAAAAACAGCCUAGCAAUGGAAAUAAAAAAAAAAGAUAAUUAAAAAACACUUGGAAUAGUCGAAAAACCAGCUAUACUCACCAAAAACCUAGCAAAAAUUGCAGAAAAGCAUGCUUAAAGUUGGGCAAAACUCAAUAUUCGAUCAUUACAUGACUGAUUAUUUCAUAUUGGAAGGCCAACACAAAUGAGAAUAAAAAUUGCAACUGUGCGUUCUUUGAUUUUGAAAGUAUUGGCAAGGACAAAUUUCAACAAUAAAUUACCAAAAUAAACUAAUUCUUAUCAGCGUCUGCUCUAAGGUUUGAGUUACUUCCUCAAAUCUUGGUCAGUUUAUUGAAGCCACGAGACGCGAAAACAUCGAAGAUGAAAUAUGUGGUAUUCUUGUUUGUAGCAGUUGUAUCUGCAUCCAAGGCGGCUGUUCUUCCGGAAAAGACCCAAAACUCCUCCUCCUCGCUUUCCUUGGGCGAUUCUCUCGACAUAUCGGUUCCCUUCGUGGGGGAUCUCGAAGGGGCCUGUCUCGCCCGGACCGGUUCCAACGAUACCUUCGAGGAGAUCAUUUCCACGGUCUACAUGGUUCCACUGUGCUUCGCGUUGAAUUUGGAGGUUGAUCGCUUGAUGGCCGAUGCCCAGGAUCUCGCCGAAGCUUCCGGAACGACUCGAGUGGAGUUUUUCAAGAGGUGAGUUUGGACAUCGUUGAACAC